AUGGGCACUGUGUUAGAUGAUACUGGGAGCAUUGAUGCUGGUGCUGACGCUGUUGUAGAUGUAGACGCCAGUGCCAAUGUCAUGAGGAUUCUGACAAAGAAGCCACCAGUUGUGGUGAUCUCACUGGUGGGAGAGGAUAUUUCCAGGAAAUCCUCCUUUGGAUGCCUGAUUCUUCCACUCUCUGUUAUGAAACUCCCCAUUAAGAUCCUCCUGGAAGUGCAUUGGCACCAGGCUAUAAGCCACUUGAAAUCUGGCUGGCUGGCAGCUUCAGGUAUGAGAAUCUCACUACAGAAACUUGGAGGAAAGAUGGUAUUAUUUAUGAAAGGUGAUGUUGUUAUUGUUGCUGGUGCUGGUAUGCGAGCUGUUGCUGUUGUUGCUGGUGCUAGUGCUAGUGCUGAUGCACUAGCUGUUGCUGCUGCUAGUGCUAGUGCUGCUGGUGUGCUAGAUCUUUUUGCUGCUGGUACACUAGCUUUUGCUGCUGCUACUGGGCAGUGUGUUGUUCAUGUUGCAGCAGCAGUGCCUUGUAGUACUGUGGCACUUGGGGUUGCAGUGGAGGUUGUGGCUGAUUUUGGAAGAGGUGUUGGGGGUUUCUGA